UAUUCCUUUUUGAGAAUGUCUUCAUACAUUUGCUGAAAACACAUGUUAUACAGUAUGUCUCCAGAACAUUUAUUUACUUUCCAUACUAUAGGUUACAAAUCAUAUAUGAACAACCUCCUCUAUAAAAUCCUCUAGCAUAUAGGAGUAUAACUGGAAACUUUAGUGUUUGUAAGUACAAGUGAAACGAAGUGGAGAUUUCUGUUUAAGAGUUAUGAAAAUGGCGAUAAUAGAUGUUUUUUUAAUGGAUGUUGGCAGUAUUUUGAUCUAUAUAAAAUACCCAAAUUCAAAACACCCCCUGUAAUAACAUUUCACUCGGUUAGCCUAUUCACCUGUAAGAUAUCCCUCCAUAGACAUACAAUGGACAUAAACAGGCUGAUAAAACACAAAAAGCUACCCCAAAUGCAAUAUCACAUAUUUUGAAAUUCUAGGGUGGUAUAACUUGUCAAAAUCACUAUGAGACUUAUUUACCUUGAAUGGUACCGAUUGACCAAAAUUAGAGGGUCUGGCUCAAUGACUAUUUGUGGGAGGUGAAGACUUCAAAAUACAGAAUCAAAAUACUCAAAACUGCACAGCACAAAGGAUAAAUAACAACCUUAUCUGAAAUGCUGGGAAACAAUAUAGUUAUUAUCAAGCCAAGUGGAAAUAAAAAGUAACACCUGUAGUCCUACACAUACACCUGUAUUCCUACACAUUAUGACAUCACUUGAGAUAACCCAGUCUUUUGACUAAAUGUGUUGUAUGGAUUUCAGAGGGGCUGGGUAUCAGCUUUUGAUUUAGGAUCUAUUAAUCGAUUAGUUGUCAACUAUUAAAUAAAUCACCAACUAUUUCGGAAACAGUUUGUGUUUAAAUUUUUAUGAAAAACAUGUAAAGAAAUUUCGAUUGCAGCUUCUUAAAUUUGAAUAUUUUCAAAUUCACUUACUCCUUUAUUAUAGUAAACUAAAUAUGUGACGUGUGGACAAAACAAGGGAUUUGAGUAAUGUUGGGCUUUUGGAAACACUGAUACUUUCAUAUUUUCUGACAUUGUAUUGAUCAAACAACUAAUUGAUUAAUCGACUAUGAAAAUAAUCUUUGGUUGCAGCCCUAGUAUAGUCAGUGCUUUGGUGUCACAUAAAGGGCUUUUAAUAGAAGGAGCUUGGUCGCUUCUCCUGCACAGACUGCAUUCAUAUGUUUGGUAUUCAAAUAUCUGGCUCUUCUUUUGCAUACUGGUGUACUCUAGGUCCAGCGCAUUCAACGUCCAGUCAGUAAAUGAGCACCAUACUGCAGGGGAAACACAACACAUUAGAGGGGUGGUUUUAUGUUGUGUGGGGUCUUCUGGAUAUUUGGAUUGUAUAAAAGACAUAACUUUAACUGGAUUUGAGCCAAUGCCAUGGAUAUUGAAGACUUUAAAGCCAUCAUAUCCUCUGGAAGCCCAUCCGCCAGGAGACGGGGCACCAUUCGCAGGUCCCAAUCAGAGAUCCUCCUAUCAUCCUCCCAGUCCCCAAUCUCUGACUCGUUCCCGCCUGUAAUGCCCUGUGAUGAGUCACAGACACCUGAGCCAGAGGAGACUAAUGGACCCGACCUGCUGGCCCUCAAGUUCCUCAAUGUGGUGGACGCCCCAUUUGCUUGUGCCAGCGCCAGUCCUCCCUCGACGCCUGCCUCUCCGACGCCCUCUUCAGUUGGUUCUGAUACCAGGGCAGGGGGUAGAAGCAGCGUCAGUGUUACUCCCUCCCCGGCCUCCUCGCCCCCGUCUCUGUUCUCUGGGGCGCUCUCGGCCGUCCUCCACCACCCGGGGGCGACUCUGAGGGUCACCCCCUCUGGAUCCCCGAUUCUGGAUCAGCUCAAGCUGCAGCUCAGAGAGAUGAGAGAUGACCUGGAGCUGCUCAAGAGCCAACACAAGAAAGAGGUGAAACUGCUGAUGAGUGAGCUGGAUGAGGAGAAGAGGAUUCGCCUCUCUCUGCAGGUGGAGGUGGACAAAAUCAAGAAGCAACUGUCUAAAUCUUCAUGACAACCUGACAAUGCCGCCGUUCGAAAAGGUCCUUCUCGCAUGGGAAGGUUGUCUUUUUCCUGAAUUCACAUAAUAUCUUUCUUUGACCUCAUGAUGUUUUCCACCGAGGUCAAGGAAAAAUAGUUAGGAAAGGACAUAGGUUGUAAUUUCUUUGACUUAUUUGAGCACUGCUGUAUUACAAGCCAGUCAGCGAGUAUCUGAUCAUCUCCUGUUGAACAGUGAUGCAGUAAAGUCCUGAGUGAGACUACGCAACACAGCCCAGGAGCAAGUCCCUGACAUUCUAAUGGUUGUUAUGGAGACGAGUCAGCCAAAACAUUCACCUGACAGCAACACAGAUGGAGGAAAGGCUACUUUUAAAGACUCAAAGACCCACAAGCCUUUGCACAUUUACCAUACAAAGAAGCGUUCUUUUCAGGUGAAACAUGAAGGACUGCUAUGUCUUCCAGAAAACUUGGAUAUUGAGUGUAAGUAUUGAGUAUAGUUGAGUGUAGUAGUAGUAGUAGCCUAGUAGUAGUAGUAGUAGUAGUAGUAGUAGUUCAAUCUAUUGACUAUAAUUUUCUCUGCUUAACUAAUUUGGCACAUCUGUGCUACAUUUUCUCUUAAUAAUAAAUAUACAUUUUAAUAGAA